UGUUAGACACUGCAGCGUCCGGAGACAAAGUGACUUGAAACAGAGGACAAUGGUGCAGCACACGGACAACAGCGAAACGGACGGGAGCAUGUCCAGGGAGGCUACUGAUUCGGAGGAGAGUGAAUUUAUGGCAUGCAGCCCCGUUGCGAUAAACCCGGACUGGUGCAAGACAGCCACCGGUCACAUCAAGAGACCUAUGAAUGCAUUUAUGGUCUGGUCAAAAAUCGAGAGGAGAAAGAUCAUGGAGCAGUCACCGGACAUGCACAACGCAGAGAUUUCCAAGCGCCUGGGGAAGAGGUGGAAGAUGCUCAAGGACAGCGAAAAGAUCCCGUUUAUCAGAGAAGCCGAGAGGCUGCGGCUAAAACACAUGGCUGACUACCCCGACUACAAGUACAGACCCAAGAAAAAACCAAAGCUCGACAGUUCAAAAUCAUCAGCACCGUCUCCGGAGAAGUGCGGUAAAAUUGCAAAGACUCCCAGCAAGAAGUGCUCAAAGAUAAAGACUAAGAGCGGCUCCAAAUCCUCUCACGGCUACAGUGACGACUGUGUUUUUCCCAGUUUAAAAGUUACAAAGACAGUGAAAAGUGAGCUCACCGAUGAGGACGAUGACGAUGAGUACGAAGAGGACUACCGGAUGAGGAUUAAGACGGAGGACGAGGAGCGCCUGAGGCCGUACAAUGUAGCCAAAGUUCCCGCGAGUCCAACUUUGAGCUCCUCGGCCGAGUCCGAGGGGACGAGCAUGUACGAAGAAGUGCGGAACAACAACAGACUGUUUUACAAUAUCAAAAACAUUACCAAGCAGAGCACAUUACACGCUGCUUCCGUCUCACCAGCAUCCUCCAGGUCGGUCUCCACAUCCUCCUCCUCCUCCAGCAGCAGCUCCUCUUCCGGCGAGGACGCGGACGAUUUGCUGUUUGACUUUAGUUUAAAUUUCGCCCCCAGCGCCCAAGGCUCGGAACUGGGCAACCCCAAUUCAGGAAACCUCUCCCUGUCUCUUGUGGAUAAGGACCUGGACUCUUUCAGUGAGGGCAGCCUGGGUUCUCACUUUGAAUUCCCAGACUAUUGCACGCCAGAACUCAGUGAGAUGAUUGCCGGGGACUGGCUGGAGGCGAACUUUUCCGACCUGGUCUUCACAUACUGA